UGUAUAGGACACUCAAUGAUAGCUGAUCCAUGGAUGAACAUAAGGACAGGGUGUUUCUUAUCACAGGUUCCAGCUCCGGUAUUGGGGAAGGCAUUGCUGUCCAUCUCGCCAAGACCGGAGCAAGGUUGUCCUUGACCGGAAGAAAUAAUGGUAAUCUAGAGGCGGUGAAAGAGAAAUGUGUGAAGGAGGGUUUAUCGCCUGACAAGGUUCUCCUCUGCGCGGGUGACUUAACUUCCAGAGAUUUUAGAAAGUCGCUCGUGGAACAAACAAUUGGACAUUUUGGAAGAUUGGAUGUUCUUGUAAAUAAUGCUGGUAUGGGGAAACAUAUGCCAAUUUCAACGGAAACAGAGGAAAACUUUGACGAAACCAUGAACGUCAACAUCAAAGUCAGCGUAUUUUCUCACACAGCUGGUGAUACCAUAUCUCAAGGCAACGAAAGGUUGCAUCAUCAGUAUAUCAAGUACACUGUCUACUUGCACAUUGAAGGAAUUCUUAAAAUCCCUGGAAAUUGUUCUUAUUCCAUGUCCAAAGCAGCCAUGGAUGCCUUCACUAGAGGAUUAGCACUGGAGUUAGCGCCCUUUGGAGUUCGAGCAAACACCGUAAGGCCUGGACCGAUUCGAAGCAAUUUUCAUAGACGUGAUAAUUUUCCUGGUUUGGGGGAUGAAGAAUCGUACAAAAAUCCCUCUGGUCGGGUAGGUGAGCAGGAAGACGUAGCCACGGUGGUCUCUUUCCUGGCCUCUGAUAAAGCAACGUACAUUAAUGGAGGAGAUAUAGUCGUGGAUGGUGGACGUUAUGUCCAAUACUAGAAAGGACUGUCACUGCAGCAUGCAAAAAACUUUGUAGAAGUCAAUAUCAUUGUCAUGAUGAUAUUCUUUUGGAAUUGAGACAAACAGAAUACACAGGAACAAAAUGUACAUUUAAACUAUUCUGAUGUAAUGUAAAAUAAA